GACGUCUGGGAACUAUUCUUUAGCUGAAAUAUUAUAGUUAUCAUGUGAAGUGUCUUGGGGUAAGAGGGUAAUUAACCACAUACCCCUCAUUAACCCUUUGUUAACUUGUCAUUUGAAACAGGCUUGUGUAAAUACCUAUUUCUAGAGGGACAGUAAGCCUAGGCUAGAAAAAGCACUGUUGAAUAUUUACCUUACUGAGUAGAUGGAGUAUUAUUUUACUUUAUUCUUGCUAACACACUGUUCGUUCUAAACAAGUAUGCUCUGAGCUUGAAAGAUUGUGAUCAUGAAUAGAAUAUUUUAUAUGUAACGUAAAAAGCAGUACCGUAUUUCAAAGAACAAAGCGCACACCUUUUUCAAUUAACCACAGCCUUUGAGUUAUGACGCCAACCAAUAAGAUCCUUUCUCUUCAGUGUAAACGGAAGUGAACAGUUACCGAAAACAAUUACCACGAUAGCGUUUUUAGUAUUGUUAGACGUUUAUUAACACCUUGGAACUCAAAAUAUGCCUAACUGCACAGCAUUACAUACUUACCUCAGGUAGUGUUUAAUUCGCGUUGGAGACAAGACUUGGUUGAUAGAUGUUCUAGGUAACUCUAGCUAGCUGCUAACCUUAGCUAACAAUGGCUAACUGUAUGGUUUUUCACACUCAAAUAGCCUCGGUCAUGGAGGUGCUAGCGAAUGCCGCUGUGGCAGAGAUCUGUAAACUCGUAGAUGACGACUAUGCAGUAAUUCGUUUGGAAAUUACUCAAAGCCAGAAAGAAAACAGGGCUUUGCGGAGGAAACUACAGCUGGUGGCACGGGAGCGCGCAGAGAGGACCAUUCGUCCUAGAAGUGUCAAGAUCCUCGACCGAUACAGAGGAAUUGCAAGAGGUGAAGGACAUCUCACUGGAGGCCACAGGAGCGUUGUGAAGCCAGCCGGACACAAUACAUGGAGAGAUGACCGACCAAUCACUGUUGAUGAGGGGAGUGGAACCUCAACCCAGCACGUUAUCAUGAUUGAGUCUGAAGAUGCAGAAGCUGCAGGUCCUGGAGGAUCGUCUCUGGUCAAGCAGGAGAGGACUAAAGGAGAGGAGGACCCACGACACAACAGAGACAUCCAGACUGGAGCAGCGUCUGGAGUGGCGCCCCCUGUAGCCACGGAGGACCUAUCCACCACCACCCAGCCCAGGACCCGACACAGCAUCGCGGAGGUCAGUGGAAAGCCGAACGCCGUCCUCAAGACAGAGACGGACACAGAGACUUUAACUGUAACACAAAGGCUCUUACACACAGGAUCUGACCUCAAAUCAGACCCAGAGAUACUGGGGCUGGGGAGACUGGGCUGUCCUCCUGCUCCCGACUCAGAUUAUUUACUUUACGGUGACUCGAGGACGGUUCAUUCCCAUCUGGACUUAGGUGACCCAGUAGAGACUGGCAAUGAUCUGUCUUGUUCUUACACUACAGAGAUGGACCCUGGCAACAUGCCCUUGGGUUUAGAGAUACAGACUGAUCUGUCUAGAGGGGACUGGAACCGGUACAGUAGUAGUGUAUACUCUGAAGGGUGCCUAGAUGAGAAAGGGGAGGGUCUGGUCGUAGAUGAAGUGACUGUGAAAGUGGAGGGCGACGUUCCUCCCAUAUGGAAUGAUAAUCACCUAGGAGACGGAUACUCACAGGGCAGAGAUUUCUUAGAUUACAGGAAAAGCUUAGAGACAAAUCCAAAUGUUGCGACCCACUCCCCUUUACACACGCUCAGGGAUCGCGACCUAGUGUCCACGUCGAUGGGGCCUUCUGAUUCACACGGCCGUGUCCUUUUCGAUCAGGUAUUGAACUCAAACAACAGGGCUAGAGCCCAGGCUCAGGGAGAGGGAGCCACAUCAGGCAAUAGUAAAAAGAAACGGUUCUUCUGCAUGUUCUGUAACAAAGGCUUCAGCUGCCCCCAGAAGGUGGAGAUCCACCAGAGGGUCCACACAGGGGUGAAACCUUUCAGCUGUACCCAGUGUCACAUGCGCUUCGCAGAGGCUGGCACACUGAAGAGGCACCAGAGGGUCCACACGGGGGAGAAACCGUUCGUCUGCCACCUGUGCCGGGCCAGUUUCUCACACUCGUUCAACCUGAAGAGGCACCAGAGGGUCCACACAGGGGAGAACUCUACAGUUGCCCCAGUGUGAGAAGAGGUUCUCCCACCAGCACCAUCUGAAGACGCACCUGAAGAUCCACACGGGAGAGAGGCCAUUCGCCUGUACGCACUGCGGGAAGAGGUUCUCAGAGAGGAGCUACCUCAGGACACACCAACAGAAAAAUCAUUCCACUCUAUAACAUAGAAAGUAACCUUUCUACUCGACAUUUACAUCAAACCCUGCAUUAAAGACAAAGAUGAAUUUUCAUUGUUGUCAACAAAAAAGAUCCACGGAUGCAUUUGGAUUAACGAGAGUAACAGAUUUCAGUGUUGAAUAUAUCUGAGUAGAAUAUUUCAUCCAGAUAUUGCGUGAUAUAAAAGUCCCCUGUAGCUCAGUUGGUAAAGCAUGGCGCUUGCAACGCCAGGGUUGUGGGUUCGUUUCCCCCACGGGG